CCUCAAUACAAAAUCUGACCUGAAACUGCAGGCCCGACAUACCUCCAUCUCCAGGUCCAGACCUCGCCGCCACCAUCGAUCCAGCUCUCGCACCGCAAAUGAAGCCAGGCAAUGAAGACAACUCCUUUGCUCCGGCCACUAAUGAUGACCGCGAGACCCGGCCCGACGUGGACAAUUCUCCGGAUCACGACCUCACCACUACCAUCGAACCCACCGAAGCGACCAGCUCACCUUCAAAUCCAGCCGCUCACGCUGUCUUCGCGUCUUACGAACUCCUCGAGGAGAUCCUAACCUACCUCCCUGCUCGCGAAGUCUGCCGUGCUCAGAUGGUCAACCGGACUUGGCGCGAUGUCGUACGCUCUUCACCGUCGCUGCAGCGGAACGCUUUCCUGGCUUCGGCCUUUCCGCUUGUAUCCCGGAAGCCUGGCCACCGGUAUAUGGAGGGCCGCUCCCUUGAUGAGUACGGCUCCUUCUGGGCUGGGCUCUAUGGUGACCGCGAUGGGGUCACAGCUUUCAACCCACUCGUUGACGAGAUAUUCAAUUCCAGCCCUUAUGGUCAACCGGACUUCUUAAUCAAAUCCAACGCACAGACUGGAGACGUUCUUCUGGACAUUGCCAAGAAUUGGUUCAAUGAGGCAUAUUACCCUGCAGAUCUUAAAGACCUCAUUCCAUUCAUCGAAUGCGUCCUGGGUAUCAAUGUGGAGAUUCCAGGAUGGAAUAAGGAUGUCAAAGAAGCCUCUUGGCGACAAAUGCUAGUCGUCGACCCGCCAGGUACCUGUGUAGCGAUUGCUGUGGGCCAAGAAAUAGAACAAGGAAAUUAUGAAAGGCUGCCGGUACGAGAGUGGGCCAGCCCUAGCCUCACAUUGGGGGAGUUGAUAGAUCAAUUAGUGAUCCAAUUGGUGGAAGACAACUGUAUUCCUAAGGAAUGCGGUGAGGGAGUGCUAGUCUCGGAGUCUACGCAGCACCGCAAGCUGUACACGUAUAUAUAUAGAGUGUAUUAGGGUGGGUGACCCAUACCGGGGACAGAGUCGAUACAGAUGGCUCGGGUAGACAACUCUUCGUGCGCUUGGUCGGUGGUACUAUCGCUGGCGCAUGACAACUACUAGCCUAGCUCUCAUGCAAUC